UUUACUCAGAUUUCUGUUUACAACUCAACGUUGAGUUGAAGUGUUCGCAAAGAUCAUGUCGGAUCAUUAUUAUAAACGAAGGCCUAAGUCUAAUAAGCCCAGCAGUUACGAAGACAAUUUGACCAGAGGCUCUGAGGGACGUUACUAUGCUCGUCACCAUACCUAUAAGGAUUCCAGAUCGUUUAGUAGAAAGUCAUAUGCAGACGAUCCAUAUUACACAAGAAGGCCCAGGCCUCGGCCAGAUGACGAAGACCAAGUUCAGGUCCAGAUACAAGCCUCUUCCCGCUGUGUAUCAUCUCGCUCACAUUCAGGUGACAGGUCAAGUGAUGAUUAUUAUGCAUAUAGAGAGACUAAACGUGUCCGUAAUUAUGACGAUUCUUCGGGUAGUCAACGGCAUCGGAGAAGUUACACAGAUAAAGGGGAAUCCCGUCGCAGCCCAAGACGUGAGAGCAAAUUGUCAUCUGGACCCAGUGAUCUGAAUAUAGAUGCUCUUCUUCAAAAUGAUCGAGUGAAGAAUGUACUCCUAGCUGGUAUUUCUAAAGCUGCUGCAAAGCUAAAUGAGACUAGCCGUAGCAGAUCACCAGAGACUGUUGCUUAUCACAGCAAGUCGUCCAAGUCUCCAUCUCAGGUCUUAACCAAAGAGGAGGAUGUGGAGCGUGCCAUUAUAUUCCAAAAGGGCUCAACAUAUGGAAGUGGAAAGAUUCACAAACAAAUUGAUUCCUCGUCUGCUAUCAGCUCAAUUAAGAAAGCAUUGAAUUUGUUUAGUGAUAAGACUCAGUCUUCUCGAGCACAAUCAGACAAAACAGGAAGUGGCAAAUCACAAGCAUCCGACUCUAGUGUCGUUAAUGAUGAUGGUAUAGCUCUGGGAAAUUCUCCAGACAAAGGAUUGACAAACAAGCGAGCAGUUGGCCCGUAUGAUGAGGUUCAAGAGCAGCUUUAUGCUCAAUGGCAACAGUCUUUAAAACCUAACCCUGGGUCUUCAAAACUAAGAGAAAGGGAAAAGUCAAGUAAUUUUGCAGACAAAGUCACGUUGCCAAAAUCCAAAAGGUUACCACAUGAAGUUGAGAAAAAAGAAAAGGGUGCUGGUUUUGAUUAUGCAGUAAAUGAUAUCCUUCAGGCCGUUGGUUUCAAUGCUGAUCUAUCCAGAAGAGUGCAAGAAUUGGCACGUAAAAAGAAUCAGGAGGAAGAUAAUUCAAAAAGAAAAAUUUUAGGUAAGCUGACUUCUCUCUUACACAGAGAUGAGGAUGAAAGAUGGAGCAAAGAUACUGCAGAUGCUUUGAGGAGACAUGAGGAUUCUUCUGACACUGAGGAAGCUAUAGCGGAGACCAGGAGAUCAAUAAGUAGGGAUGAUCAGGUCACAAGGCACCGAGAUGUGCAUGGGGACUCACCCCCAGCUCAAUCCAGAAGCGGAUAUGAGAAACUCCUUGAUGACCUUGAAAAUCGGAUCAGUGGACAACUUCAGGGCAAUAUAAAAGAGGAAUAUCACUACCCUGAGGAGCAGGAAUCUGGUAUGACUAUUCCCCUUCUUGUUGCUAAACUAAGGAAGAAAUAUGAAAGCAAUGCCCCUGGUGACAAAUUCGAUGUCCAUGCCUUGGCGAAGGCCAUAAAGGCUGAAAAAGUUUAUGCUGCAAGUAAAUAUGGACAUAGUGAAGACUUAAACGCACCUCAAGGAACCGCUGUUCGAUCAGAUGAGUUUUCUUAUGAUUCUAAAUAUCCACCUUUCAAAGAUGACACAUCUCCUGUCCGUAUUUUCAAAAAACGAACCAUCUCUCGCAGUUCUUACAGAAAGAGAGAAGAGUAUUUGCUGGACGAGGCCUCCAGACAUGAGGAUGAGAUGAGACCAUCUGGUCCAAAAAUGAAGAGAGUUGUCUCUCCCAAUGAAGACAGACUAGGCAGCUUUCGACAGGCAGCUGCACCUCAUUACCAGAAUCUGGAAAGGGAUAGUGAAGUUACAAGAAGGGACAUUUCACCUGGACAAUCAAGAAUUACUAGAGGGCGUCAAUCGAGGUCUUCAGAUUCCUCUUCAAUCUGCUCAAGUGACAGAGAGAGAUCUAGGCCUCUCAAACGGCGACGUUUAAGAAGUAGGGACAGGCGAAGGUCGCGGAGCCCUUGGAAAAGACGAUCAAGAACACCCGAUAGACGGAUGUUGUACCAUCCUUACUCUUCCAAGUGGAGGUCAAGGUCAAGAGACAGUCAACCGAGACAGGACGACUGGCAGUACUCGAGGGAUGAACGCUCGAGGUCGUCAUCAAGACAGAGGUCUCCUCCACCAAGAAGACUCCAGAUUCACAAAAAAUCAUCUGCUGCUGACCAUGUCAUUGAGACAGAUUUGGAGAAAGCAGCAGAUAAAGGAGAGGUUUUGUACUUGAAGGAACCUCAGAAGAAGACUGGGGACCCCAACAUCAUUGAGAUAAGUGGGAGCUCAGGUGGCAAAGUACUCUAUGACUAUAUUGAUGCAGGAGAACAUUGGUGUUCUCCCUGUCGCUUUGUCUAUGACGAUAUGCAGCAGUAUCUCAAACAUUGUCAUGGCGACAAACAUUUGAAGAACAUUGAACUACUCAGGAGACCUUGGAAUGAAGGGAACAUUCCAGACCAAUCUGCCACUCUAAAUGUUGGACUUGCAAAGGAGAGAAUUAAAGGUAUGGAGAUGUUGUGUCCUGUCAUUGGCUUCUACUGCACACUGUGCAGGCAGCAUUGUGCAGACUUUGGAGCAACUGAGAAGCACAUGAAAAGUGCUGUUCACAAUAGCAACUACACAGAAUUUACAAGAAAAUAUCCAAACUAUGAGGAUCAAUUACUUGUGGAGAAAACAAAGGUGCUGGAAGAGAGGAAAGCAAAGAGAGUCUCUGCACCAGGGCCUGUAACAACCAUGGAACAAGGAUGUCAAAUUAUUUAUCUCUCUGAGUCAGAGGAUGUCACAGUGGUGGAUAUGGACCUUCAGGAAAACGACAGUGGUGAGAUUAUGAAAGUUGAGGUGCCGACAACUUCAGAGCAAGCUGCCCCUAGUGUUAGCACCAAGCUGGAUGCUGUGAUUUCCAAGACGCACAGUCCUGCUGUGACGGCCGAACAACAGGCAUUGGAGGAUGAGGAGAUAAAAAAGAAUAUAGUUAUGAGCUGGGAGAUGUAUUCAGAUGAGGAGGUGAUGCAGGAUAAGUCACCGAUCGACAGAUCAAACAGGGACACGCUGUUGGCUGACGUCCUUUGUUUUGGUGUGGAUGAGUUUCGACGGCUUCAGAGGGAGGACCAGACUCUCGCACAAAAUUUCCUAAAAGCUCAAAAGGGCCACACAAUAACUGUAGAAAACAUUCGAGUGUUCUUUCAGACCUUUGACAACGUACUCUUCUAUUGUUUGCAGAAAAACGCUAUUUUUAAGUUUUCUCUCGUGGUACCCCAGGAAUCGCGUCUCCGAGUGCUGGACUUCUAUCAUUGUCCUGCAUCCUCCGGCUCCACCCACGAUGACCCGACUCACCUCAGUGUGAAGGAGACCAUUCGGAAGAUCAACGAGAACUUUUACUGGCCAUCCCUGCCUAAAUCAGUCCGCACACAUUGUGCAAAAUGUGUCUUGUGUCAGGAACUGGAACCAGAGGCACUGGCAGAAGAUGACAGCGAGCCAAAUGAUAGUUCAGUCACUGUUGAAAAGGCUGCAGGUGACAGCUCUUACACAGUAGAGGAUUGUGGCGAUAAUGAGAAAACGGUCACGUUGUCAGAAGUCAAGACUGAUGAUGAGCAAGGUCAAAGCUCCCUGUCAACGGAGGUCAAGGUAGAUGAAAAACAAAGUCAACCCUCCACUUCAUUUGAAAUCCAGGCUGAUAAUAGAUCUGGUCAACCCUGUGCGUCAUCAGAGAACAAAGUAGAUGAUAAGAAAGGUCAGAGCUUAACAUCAUCUGAAGUCAAGGUUGUUGAUAAACAAAGUCAACCUUCCACAUCAUCAGAAAUGAAGGAUGAUGAUAACCAGGGUCGAACCUCCCCAUCAUCAGAGGCCUGUGGUAGGAACAAACAAGAUCAAGUCUCAGGAUCAUCAGGGGUCGAAAUUGACGAUGAACAAGCUCAACCAUCCUCAUUGGAUAUUCUUGAUAACAAUGGACUGUCUAAUGAACCUCCAGCUGGGAUGAAGGAUCUUUCAAGUAAAAUGCAAGAAGGUGAUACAGAGAUCAAGAAGCAGGAAAAAUCAGAAAGUGAUCGAAAUAUGGAUGGAUUAGCGAUCAAAGUCGGAGAAGAUGUAGAGAUGUGUGGAAUGAAUGAUGUGGGAGGUAGUAUGUCAGCUGGUACUGGUGUAGACAAAGAAUUGUCAGAAAGUAAAGGAGGAGAAGAGGUUUUACAGAGUGAGGAAGAUGGAACAGGGGGACAAAACUCUGGAGCUGGUGAUGUCGAAAAUGUGUCAGAAGUUGUGGAGGUGAGCAAAGGGAACGGUGUCCAGGGUGGAGGUGAAAGAGGAGGAAAUGGCCUGGGAAGGGACGGGAGAGGUGCAGACCAAAGCAGGGUGAUAUCUGCCGACCAUGAGUCGGAGGUAGAGGAAUGUGAGACUGCUGGUCCCUUGGAAAUGGAGAGGAAAUGCACAGAGGAGGUACAGAUGCUGACAGAUGCAACCAGUGCAUCCUGUAGUGAGAACUCAGCAACAGAGACAGUGACAGAUGUUUUCCCUGUUAGCGUAAUGACAGACUCGAAGACAAUGGGCAGUCAGUCAGAGUCAUGUAUGGACGUGGAAGUGUCUGAGCAGGGUCAAGAGAACUCGGCUGUACCAGAUGGCGCGACAGCUGGCGUCACUGAUGCAGAACUAGCAGAUGGUCAAGUGGACUUGGUUGAGACGACUCCUGCAGUUAUUGAGGAACCAGAAGGUUGUCAGAAAAACUUGGAUGUGCCUUGUAAAGGGAUGUCUCCAGUAGUUCAUGUAGAACCAAUGCCUUGUCAAGAGAAUUUAGCUGUACCCAAUAUGGCAACUACACCCCUAGUUGUUACAGAGUCUGGUGAGGAGAACUCUGCUGUACCAUAUGUUGUGACAGCUCCUAAUGUAGCUAUGGAACCAGAGGGUGGUCAAGAAAACUCAGGAGUGCCUGAUAACAGCAAGCAGGAUUCUCUGGUGUCCAAGAUGCACAGUCCAGAUAUGACGGUCAAACAGCAGACAACUGGGAAUCUGGCCUUGAAAGGAAAAGAUGACGAGGAUACUUUUGAAAAGGAGGAUGUUAAACAGAAGAUGGAGUUGCUGAAUGAAGAAGUAAAAACAGUGAAGGAGAAAGUAGAAAAGGGUGAGAUAAGAAAGAAUGUUGAUAUGGACUGUGAAAGGAAUUCAGAUAAUGUGAUGGUACAGGAAAAGUCGCCCAUCGACAGAGCGUACAGAGACACACUGUUGGCGUCUGUCCUUUCUGUCGGUGUGGACGAGUUUCGGCGGCUUCAGAGGGAGGACCAGACUUUAAAACAAAAUUUCUUAAAAGCUCAAAAGGGACACACGAUUACUGUUAAAGACGUUCGAGUAUUCUUUCAGACCUUUGACAACGUACUCUUCUGCUGUUUGCAGAGAAAAGAUACGUGUAAGUUUUCUCUGGUCGUACCCAAGGGAAUGCGUCUCCAAGUGCUGGACUUCUAUCAUUGCCCGUCCUCCUCUUAUGGCUCCACUCAAAACAAUUCAAGCCACCUCAGUGUGAAGCAGACCAUUCAGAAGAUUGGUGAGAACUUUUACUGGCCGUCCCUGCCUCAUUCGGUCCGUGCAUAUUGUGCCAAUUGUGUCCAGUGUCGAGAACUGGUACAAGAGGCAGUGGCAGAAGAGGACAACAAGCCAAAGGGUAUUUCAGUCAUUAUUAAAAAGAGUGCAGGUGACAGUUUUUGCACAGAGAAGGAUUCUGUGGAUAACCAGAAAACAUGUGCGUUGUCAGAAGUCAAGAUUAACGAGGAGCAAGGUCAAUGCUCAUCAUCAACAGAGGUCAAGGCUGAUGAAAAACAAUGUCAAAACUCCACACUGCAAGAGGUCAAGGUUAAUGAUGAACAAGGUCAUAGCUCCACAUUGUCAGAGGUUAAAGUUGAUGAUAAUUAUGGUACAUCCCUGACAUCAUCUGAGAUGGAAGUUGAUGAUAAACAAAGUGAAAGCUGUGCAACAUCUGAGGUUGUGGUUGAUAAUGAACAAGGUAGAACUUCCCCAUCAUCAGAGGCCAAGAUAUGGGAUGAACAAAAUCAGAUUUCCGGAUCAUCGGGGGUCACAGCUGAUGAUGAGCAGGCUCAGCCAUCAACAUCAAAUGUUAUCGUUAAUGACGAACCUUCUAAUGAGCCUUCAGCUCGGAUGGAGGCUCUUUUGAGUGAAGUACAAGAAGGUGAUAGUGAGAUCAAGGAGCAGGAAAAGUCAGAAAGUGUUAGAAAUGACAGUGAGUUUGCAGUUGAAGUCGGAGAAGAUUUACAAACUGAUGCAAGAAAUAAUGCAGAAGAAAAUAAGUCAACUGAUCUUGACCAAGAAUUUUUAGGAAGUAGAGGAGGAGAAGAGGUUUCACAGAACAUGGAAGAUGAAACAGAGGGACAAAACCCUCGAGCUAGUGAUGGGGAGAAUGUGUCAGAAGCUUUGGAGGUGAGCAAAGCGAGAGGUGUCCGGGGUGCUGGUAAAAGAGGAGGGAGUGGUCGGGGAAGGGGCAGGAGAGGUGCAGGCCAAAGCCAGGUGCCAUCUGGUAGCUGUGUGUCGGGGGUGGAGAGUUCUGGUGAUUCUGAAACAGUGGAAGAACUCAUGGAGGAGGUGCAGAUGCUGACAAAUGCUAUUGAUACGUUCUUCAGUGACAGCACAGAGAUAGUGACAGGUGCUUCUGUUGGCGUAAAGAAAGGCUCAAAGGUAAUGGGGAGUCACCCAAAAUUUUGUAAGGAUAUGACAGUGUCCGAGUGUGUUCACAAGACCUCGUCUGUGCCCGAAGAAGUGAAGUCUCCCAAAUUUUCCACAGAACCAGAACAUGUUCAAGGAAACUCGUUUGUGUCUGGUGAGACAAUGUCAACCCUAGAUGAUGCAGAACCAGUGUCUAGUCAAGAGAAUUUGGCGAUGCCCAACAAUGCAACAAGUUACCUUAUUGGUACAGAGCAUGGUGAAGAAAACUCGGCUGUUCCCAAUGUUGUGACAGCUCCUGUAGUAGAUAUAGCAUCAGAGAGUGGUCAAGAAGCUUCAUUAGUGCCUGAUAUUACAACGGUUCCUGUUGUUGACAUGGAGCUAAUGUCAACUCAGGGAGGUAACUCUAAACCCUGUGGGGAAACAGUACUUUGUAGUGGUGAAGGAAAGAGUGCUUUAUGGGAUCUGCCUGCUGGGCAGAACCAGGCUGUGCUUGGUACAGAUGAUGAUGAAACCGACCAAAGAAACUUGGUGUCCUGUGAACAGGUUGUGGGCCCUACAUGUAAAAUGUCUGGUUCUGGCGAGACUGAGGACUCAAAUGCUGUCUCUGUUACACAAGGGAGUGCUGAACUGUCUUCACCUUCUCUUGCUAAUGAAGUCUGUGACUCCUCCUCUCAUGUCAAAACUGAACCCAGUGCUGGAGAUGAUUGUGCAGAGAAUGAGCCAAUUGUCACAUCGUCGGAGAUUGUCGCAGGGAGCAAAGUGAAAGGUGGGGGCAGCGGCCGAGGUCGAGGUAAAAAAGGAGGGCGUGGCAGGGGGAGGGGUAGGAGAGGUGCAGCUCAGAGCAGGGCUUCAGCUGCCAGCAGUGAGCCAGUGGCAGAGAAGUGUGAGACUCCCAGUCUCUCUGAGACAACAGGGGAACACUUGGAGGAAGAACAGAUGGCAGUAGUUGUGAAGGGGGGGUCUUCAGGCAGGACGAGAAGCAAGCGACUGACGGGAAAACAGAGUGCUUCAUCUCCUUUGUAGCUUAUAGCUCUGGACUCAAGCUAUUUUGUUCUAUUUAGGUGAUACCAAUGUUUUACAAAGCUGUAAAUUGGAUAGCUGUGGAUUUACAUCAAAUAAUUGCUUUUUUUGCAUAUAUAUAUAUGAGUUGAGGAGAAAUUGUUCAUAAUUAUAAUGAGUUGUGAGUAUGAGUUCUUCAAGUGUCUUGACUGUCGGGCCUUAUUGCCUUCUUUUGGAGUGCAGUUUAUAGAUUCUCACUUAUGAUCCAACAACCAUUAUGAUAAUAGAAAAGUUAUCAGUAUAGGAGGGGUUUGUGUACUACCAUUCUUACUCUUAUUGAAGAUGCAUGAUAUUCACUAAAAUGCAUUGUUUAGCUCAUUCAUGGCUAGCUUUGAGGAGGACAGUGAGUUAAUACCGCUGGGUAUUACUACCAUCAAAAUUGUUCAAGUUGGUCACCUAUAAUUAAGAGAAGAGUGGUUAUUUUGGACAGGCGGACAUCUUGGACUGUGUCAUUAUUAUAAUAUUUUUUUAAUCGCAAGAAGUGAAGUAGAAGUGGCCAUUGGCAUUAGAGCUGGUUUGACUGUACCGGUACUUGAUUGCUUAGCAUUAACAGCUAACUUCACUUUUAAGCAUCAAAUCAUAGCUCAUGGUGUUCCUUCUAGUUCUUUUUAUGCUUCUACUUCUACUCAAUGUAAUUUAUGAAGUAAUUGAAGAGUUAGGAAACAGUACAUAGGCCAUGUUAUUGAGCACCAUGCUUUCUGUGCAAUAAUUGUUUAUGUUGUGAAUAUUAUUAGAAAAUUUCUGACUUAAAACUUUGUAUGAAAUUUCAGACUUGUUGCUUUGAGCUGCUGUGUCUCAAAGCUACCGCCAUUGCUUCUUCGUUGGUUUCUUUUUCUUUUUCAGUUUGCAUGCAUGUACUUUUGAAAAAUGUUGGCAUGCGUUGAACUGAGAAGCGAUGAUUGCAGAUAUUGUCUUGUGUUGCAUAGUUUCAUGUGGUUUUGGGGUUGUACAUAAACGUAGUUCUAAUGCAUUUUUUCUUGUACUAGGCUUGCUAUGUGAAAAAGUGAUCUGGUCCAGAUAUUCAAAGAUAAAUAAGCUUUCAAGAACCCCGUAUUUCUUGGAUUCCAGGAUCAAGAUUGCAAGAAAGUUUUGCCCUAUCAAUUGACUGUGCUAGUGUUUAGAUAUUGUACUGUAUGAGUUUCAUGGAGAUGUCUUUGCUGAAGUAACUGUGAUUCAGUCCUUUAGCCAGAUGGCUCUUGAGAACUUGACUUUUCAAGAAAUCCAGUUGUUGAGUCUCCAGGUGUUGGCAGAUCCUCAGGUGAACUCUCUGUGGCAACUGUUCUGCUCUGAUCAAUGUCCUUUAGAGAAUGGCUUUUGACUCUGAUUAAUCUCUUCUUUAAUGAAGGAACCCCAGGCUUAUCCUUUUCUUCCUCCUCCUCCCCCUCUCAUCUUUUUCUUCUUGUGGGGGUAACCUUAGCUCUUUUGGUCUCAAGCAGGAUUGUGGUACAGGUGGCCCUGGUUUUAUUCUUAUUUUUUUCCACUUGAACUAAAGCAUUCCAGUCUUUGGUUCUCUUUUCUGAGAGCUUUGUUUUUAAUACUUUGAAAGAAGUUUAUCAAGAUUUGAUAUCUUCUGGUUGGUGUCUUCAAUCUGUUAAUUAAUACAUGUACAUGUAUUAAUAAAGGAAUAAAAAAAGAC